UCUUUAAAAUUAAUUUUAACACCAGAAAAUACUACUUAUUGGUAUGAACAAGGUGCUAAAGAUACUUGGACAUUAAAAAUCGUAGACAAAUUAGUAGAACAAGUGGUUAAAGAAAAGAACACAUUUAAAGAACCAGAG